UAUUGACCAAUAAGCGUGCGCGAUAGAUUGGUAGUGUGUUUUUCAGCCAAUCAGAGCAAGGUGCUUAACGAGGUUCUUAGAUCGUAAACGACACUACUAUUAUACCUCUGAUAAAGAAUGGCUGCAACUAUGCAGCUGUGUCCAAGUCUAGUGAGUUUUCGGGGUUCUGAGGGGGAAGCGAUCGUUAAAGAAGUCAUCUCUGGAAUUGAGCUAGCUCCUGGAUUCUUCAAUUUAGUUAUACAUUGCAGCAAUGCGAUCGAGGGAACAUCUUUCACCGAUGCUGCCAUCUCCCUCCGAGGACUCGUGGAAACACAGAGAGCUCUUAAUAAAGAUUACAGAGAUGGGAUUCCAAAAGUUGGACUGGUUAAAAUAAAAGACAUUCUUAACAUGCAUGUUUUUGAGGAAUUUCUAGAAGAUGGAGUAAAGGGCAUAGAAAACAGCUCUGCUGCUAACCAGCAGGCAUUUCUGACAUUGUUUCAUUUCCUGGACGAGAAAAAAAAGCAUGAACAGGCCAUUGAGAAACUCCUAACAAGCGUGCCUCAAACAAGCAGAAGUAAAGAAACAAUCAUGGUUGCCUUGGCACAUCACCUGUUUUCUCAGUUGGUACCAGGGAACAAGUACGAGGUUGAUAAAUAUGCAAAUCAGCUUCCAAAAGAAUGUGACUGUGGCUGUAAGGCCAUGAUUUGUAAAGGAGACACUUCAGUUGGAUUCGGUCCACCUGUAGUUUGAACCAUUGUUGGGAGAGGCAGUUCGAAAGUUCAGAUGGAACAUGGCAUGGCAGAGUAGAUAUUGUUUUGAACCAUACAAUUGCUGUGGCAGUCCUGAAAGAUCAACCAAAUAGUGAUGACGAAGAUGAAUAUAAUGAUACAGAUGAAGAAGGACCGCCAAGUAAACAGAGGAAAGCCUGUAAAAAUGAUACCGUUCUUCUUGAACGAAAAGUCUUAAAUAAGGUUUUAGCUGAAGCCAUAACAAAUAGUUUUGCUCAAGUCAACAUUCAUGAAAAAACACUGUCACAUUUUUUAAUUCCAACUUUUGGAGCUACAUCAGAACAUAUUACGAUUUGUUUAUAUGAUUCUGAGAAUGACUACUUACUGCACAUUAAGGAUGAACUUUUAUUAUGGAAACCCAUUGGUGUGGCAAAACAACUCAAUGUUCGAACUUUAGUCGUCAUUUGGCUUUUCUUAAAUUUCUCUAUUUUUACGCAUAAAAAACUGCACACUCUCAUAAAUCUUGACAAAUCAGGCUUGCAUGAUGAAUUAUUGGAAUGUUUAGAGCUUUACAAAAACACAGAAACAAAAGGAAAGUUUGUUUCUUCAGAAUCUUCUGAACAGCUUUGGAAGAGUAUGGCCCCUGCAGUCAAACACCGUAAAAAACUUCAGUGAAAGAUCGGACCACUGGCCUGUUGCCCAUGAUUUUGCUUCAGAUAAACUUUAAACAUUGUACAGUUUUGCAUGAAAGGUCAUUACCCUAAAGAAUGGAAUAAAAACAAAGAUAUAGAGAAAAUCAA